AUGCUUCGUAACUGCACUCGGAAGCCUGCUAAAAGACUGAAGGUGGACACCGGGAGACAAAAAUCCGUAAUGAGCUUUUCGUCGCACGAGACUGAGAUAUAUGUCAGGGGCGAGAACGUGCCGCGCAACCGCAGCAGCGUCAGCGCGUACCUGAAGGCGGCUGCCGGCGUGAAAAAUGUGAUCGGGCCCAAAAAGUCCCAGAUGCGCGAACAGAGCUUUUUCAAAGAGCUGGUGAAGGUCGAGUACCAGCCCGUCCCGUCGAGGACCCAGUUCAUCGAAAACUACGUCAAGGAGUUCCACAAGAAAUACCAGGAUCAGAUGGCACUGUCCCACCAGCAGCUGGAGUCGAAAUUGCGGCUCGCGAAAGAGCAGUACCAGAGCCUGCAGCAGUCGCUGGGCGCACCUCCGGCGGAACAAGCCGCGGACGGCUCGGAUGCGAAGGAAGACCAAAAGCUCAUCAAGCUCCUGCGCAAGAUCGAAAACGAGCACAGCCCCAAGAUCACGGACUCCCCGGGGUCGCCGAACGCCAAGUACGUCGCCGAUAGUGUCCGCAUGCUGGCCUCGCAGCGCACCAUAUGCUUCUCUGUCGACGUCGAGGCCUACGAGCGCAACACCAACGUGGUCACUGAGAUCGGCAUUUCCGUGUUCGAUCCCCGCGAGAGCAUGUAUUCCACCGUGGGCAACUUCCGCACCUUCCACCUGAUCGUGGGCGAGUCGCUGCGGCUGCGCAACGGCCGCUUCGUGUGCGAUGUGAAGGACUGUUUUCUGCUGGGCGAGAGCUACGUCAUGCCGCUGAGUAGCUGCGUGGAGUUCAUCCAGACUCUGCUCAAUUACUACAUGGUCCCGCACACGCCGCAGGAGCGCACCUGGCACCGCGCGUUUGUGGGCCACAACGUCAAGGGUGAUCUGAAGUGGCUGUUCAGCAUAGGCGUGAACCUACCCGCGAACAUUGGCCACGACACGCUCUCACUCGAUCCAAAGCUAGAGCGCAUUUCUAUCCUGGACACGGAAAAGCUCUACCGCGUCAUGUACGGGAGCAAGGGCUCCAGCUUGGGGAAGAUACUACGACUCUUUAAAAUACCACACGCCUAUCUCCACAACGCCGGAAACGACGCCUACUUCACACUCAAGUUGCUACUGCACAUGUGCGACGUCAACUACCGCAGACGGCUCCAAAUGGACGACUUCUACGCUGUCACGGCAACCGUGGAAGAAUGGUCCAGACGUGAAAAGAACAAGGGCAGCGUAAACUCCCACGGAAAGGGCAACCAUGAGUUUACGGAAUACCGGUCGCGGAGGAAACAAUCACUCCACACCGAGUUUGGCGGCUGCAGGUGGUUUGCUAGCGCGUCGGACGCGCUGGUUGGUACGCCAAAGCCAUGUGAAUACGAGUGA